AUGAGUUAACUGAAGAAAUUAAAUCAGCAGGUUAAAUAAGUGAAAUGCAUAACACUAUCUACAAAUUAAUCUCGUCAUUCUAAUUAUUCUUCUGUGAAAACAUUACCUAAACCAAUUGCAUCUCGACCUGUUACUUCAAUUGCUAAGAAUAAGAAUAAUAAGGUGGAGGCUGUGAAAAUUGAUUUAGUCAAAUAGAAAAAGCAAACAACAAAUAUUAGUGUGACUAGAUCUACUUCUUCUGCUCGUACAAGAUCUGCUUCAAAUGGGCCUAAAGAAGAUAAAAUUCCAAGAAUAUUAGGUGACUUAUUAGGUCCUGAAAUUGAAUUAGCAGAUUGUUAAGAUUUCUUAUUAUAAUUAAAUGAACCGCAGUUUAAGAUGGAUGAAGAUGUAAUGAAAGAACGUGUAAUUUUGGCAAACAGGAUAGCAAAUACAAUUAAAGUGAAAAAAAGAAUACCUACAACCACAGCAGAUUACUAUAAGGUUUGAUAUAUUGACUUAAAAUAGGCAGCUGUGUUCUGUGAUAGGGAAAGGGGCUUUUGCUAAAGUUUGUUUAGGGAUAUAAAUCUUGACUGGAGCAAAAGUGGCAAUGAAGAUAAUUGAUAAAUCAAGUCUAAAAAACGAUAGUGCUAAAAAAAGAUUGAUGCAGGAAAUCGCUUUAAUGAAACUCUUACAACCUUAUAAAUGCUGCAUUCGAUUAUACGAGGUUUUUGAAACCAAAAGACAAAUUUAUUUAAUUAUGGAAUAUGUAGAAGGAGGAGACUUAAUAAAAUUUACUAAAGAAAAACCAUUAUCUGAAUAAAUAGCCAAAAAUAUUUUUGGACAAUUAGUGUAAGCACUUUAAAUAUUGCAAAAUCACAAUAUAUUGCAUAGAGAUAUUAAAUUAGACAAUAUACUAUUUUAAGGAGAAUAAAUAAAAUUAUGUGAUUUUGGAGUAAGUCGAUAAAUUGUAAAGGGGUAGAAGAUAUUAGAAUAAUGUGGAACACCUGCUUAUUUGGCUCCUGAGAUUAUGACUUAAAAAUCUGGAUAUGAGGGAUUUGCAAGUGAUAUUUGGAGCUCAGGAAUUCUUCUUUAUGUUUUGUUGGUUGGUAAAACACCAUUCAAGGGAAACAAUAUGAAUGAACUCAACUCAUAGAUUCAGAGCGGAUAAUUAAAUUUUAUGGAAAUUAAGAAGGCAAAUCUUUCAAAUGAAGCUGUAGAUUUGAUGAAAUCUAUUUUACAUAUCAAUCCUAAAUUAAGAUGUACCUUACCUGAAAUUAUGAAACACACUUGGAUGAAAGAUAUUGAUUUCAAGUAAACUAAAUAAUAAGCAAAUUUAAAUUUAGAUUUAAGAAUCAUUUGCUAAGUAUUUUAUUAAUUGUGAUUUUAUAUAGAUUGAAUAAUAUGGUUAUCAAAGAGAAGUGAUAAUCAAAACUUUAUAAAGCAAGACAAUAAGCCACAUAUCUGCUCUUUAUUGGGCUUAAUAUUAGUGA